UCUUUCACUGUCUACUGCUGUCUGUCACACAUUUUCCAUCGUGAGUGUUUCGCAAGUGCAAAAAGGAAACAAACAUGCUUCGCUCUGCAGCUGGUCAGCUCUUUGGUGUCCUGCGCGGAACUGUCGGUUUAACCACGUCCCGCUUGGGAGCCGCUGGAGUUGUCCGUCACUCGCACAGCAAUGAAAGUGCUGAGGAAUUCGAUGCCCGAUAUGAAGCCUACUUCAACCGUUCGGAUAUCGACCACUGGGAAGCCCGUAAGGGUAUGAACGACCUGCUCGGUAUGGAUUUGAUUCCGGAGCCUAAGAUUAUUGCUGCCGCAUUGAAAGCUUGCCGACGUUUGAACGAUUAUGCCUUGGCCAUUCGAUUCCUGGAGGGUUGCAAGGACAAGUGUGGAAACAAGGUCAAUGAAAUUUACCCAUACCUGCUGCAAGAGAUUCGCCCAACAUUGACCGAACUGGGUAUCGAGACCCCUGAGGAGCUGGGCUAUGAUCAGCCGGAACUUGCUCUGAAGUCGGUGUACGAUAUGCACUAAAUAGCGGUGACCAAUUGUGCUAGCCUUUAAGGGUCCUGUUUGAAGCAUUAGUUGAGUUAAGAAUAAAAUGGGCGGAAUAAUUCCGAAAUGAGAAAAAAACGUUUCAAAAUGGUUAUGUAAUCAUUAGCGAUGAAUCGCCACAGUGAAAGAAAUACGUAAUAAAGUGGUAAUAAUUAUC